AAGAUGAUGGGAUAAAAACCGUGCCUUGUGGUGCGAUAUCCGGUCGACUGAACUUGAAUUGUUUGUUGUGUAGGUUACUGUUCAUCCCGACGUUUUACUGUGAAAUGGCCGGAAGUGACCAUUCUAACAUUCUUGUAUUGUUGGGCAGGAAAAGGCGUCGUUAGUAAACAACGUAAAAGCAAAAAGACGGUUUCGGUUAAUGAGUGACAUCACCGACAAAAGACGUCUCCUAAUCGGUGCCGCUAAAGAUCCACGGUGCAAUUCGGUUGUCCAUCGCUGGCUCAGCUUGUCCCUUUGAAAAAUCUGAGUUCUGGGCGUCAGCCUGUUUGCUAGCAAGCGGAGCCUCCUCGCAGUAGCAGCAGUAACCGAAACAAGCGUUCAGCAUUUGCAGCGUACGACGAUGAUAGCGCUCAUCAACAAACUGCUGGACUGGUUCAAAGCGCUCUUCUGGAAGGAGGAGAUGGAACUGACCCUCGUUGGCUUGCAGUAUUCCGGGAAGACGACCUUCGUUAAUGUGAUAGCGUCUGGCCAGUUCAGUGAAGACAUGAUUCCCACUGUCGGCUUCAACAUGAGGAAGAUCACCAAGGGCAAUGUCACCAUCAAGCUCUGGGACAUUGGCGGGCAGCCGCGUUUCCGGAGCAUGUGGGAGCGUUAUUGCCGAGGAGUUAGCGCCAUAGUAUACAUGGUGGAUGCGGCCGACCCAGAAAAGAUUGAAGCCUCCAAGAAUGAACUCCACAACCUGCUGGACAAACCCCAGCUGCAGGGAAUUCCUGUUCUGGUUCUGGGCAACAAGCGGGACCUGCCAGGAUCUCUGGAUGAGAAGGAGCUCAUCGAGAGGAUGAACCUGUCGGCCAUUCAAGACAGAGAAAUCUGCUGCUACUCCAUCUCCUGCAAGGAGAAGGACAACAUCGCAUUUGACGAUUUCCUGUCCCCCCACCAUGGACUUACAUUUUUCUGUGUCCAGACAUAACUCUCCAGUGGCUGAUUCAGCAUUCCAGGACCAAGAGGAGUUCCUGAGAGUAGACAACCCCAAACAUAUCCACCCCACCCAACCAGCCUGGCCACAUCCAUUUAACCAAACCCCUCCCCCCAUCAUUCUUCCAUCUUCAUGUUUUCUUUUUCCCCAUGUUGCAUAAACUACACGCCACAUGAACACCUGCCUCUUAGGGAAACCAGACAGAAAGCAGAAAAUGUUAUAUAUGACCCCAGCUCCCUGCUGAUUGUCUAACGAAUCUCAAUUAAAGUUUUUCACAACAAAGCAAAGAAGAGUUUUAAACUUGGUCAGGUCACCUCAUUAGCAUGCCAGCCAUUUUGACUCAUCCUUCUGGAACCACAAGCAAAAUGAAAGUCCUCGACAUCACAUUUCCUUAGUCUUCUGGUCUUCAUUUGUUGACCUCUCUCAUGUCCUCUUUUUGUUUGCCAUUUCCUUACCUUCAGAAAUGUUUUAUUGCACUCUUGAUUUUUUUAUGUUUUUUGGAAGUAAAUAAUGACAAUGUUGAACAUCUUUUUUUUGUUAACAGCUUAUUUAGUUGUGUAUUUUUAUUGUAUUGUGUUUUUCACUUUUUGGCUGCCCGACUCGUGAUAAAGGUCAUGUUAUUUAUAUCAAUAAUAGAACAGUUUAUCAAUCAUUUGAUCUGUUUUGGUAGAUGUCGGCCAUUUUAAACGUGAUCCGUUUCUUUUCCAACACAAAGUGAGCAAUGUAAAAGUUGUGUUCAUGUUGACUCAAUGAAUUAUGAAGAAAUAUGAUGUGAUGUUGUGCUCAGAAGACGUGAUGUCAAUUUUGUCAAAACAAAAAAAAAAGGAAAGGAGGAAAUGACUUGUACCGUUACUAAAAACAAGGGUUUUUCAACUUCUAAGGAAUGCGCCUAGACGUCACCUCAUGAGCACAACAUCAAUCUUGUUUUGAGAUUUUUAUUUAGUUGAAAAUGCCUUUUAUGACGUCACAAAACUGAAAGGAGAAAUUAAAAAAGUACGACAUGAAAA